AUGCGCGAUACUGCCGCACCUUCUCUCAUGUCCUGUUUUGGAUCGGUUGCUUUUUCUCGCAGAUCGACUUCACUGUGGGUGUUUGUUCAUACCUCUUCCUUCUCAACUCUUCAUUGUGACAACUUCCAAUCAGCAAGCGUCGACAAGAUAUCUUCUUGGAUAGAAAUACUGCGUGGCUCUUGCCUGUCCACCGGCGUCGGUGAGUGCACAUCUGCUCCUACCUCCCUUGCGCAAAGCGCUCUUUCCCUGCGUGUAUCCAUAUCUUCGUCUUGCCUUGUCCUCACCACCAAAACCGCAGCUUGCAAUGUUCUGCUUGGAGAUAGUCAAUCUCUCGACAACACUCCCGCAACGGGCUUGCUUGCUGCUUCUUUCACUCGAGAAACUCUCUUUUGGUUCCCUCACUUUGGUUAUUUGAAAACAUCCUCACCUGCGCUCCAAAUACAGCAUAAAGCGAAUAUGACUAACCAAUCCACAGACAGGCAGACUGGCAGGUCACGGCGCUACACGGUCUCACGUCUCCUCGAACUUGCUCCUCAAAACAGAAUUAUCAAUUUCGACCUGUCCAAGUUCAGCUACGACGCAGCUCGAGCGGGAGUAGUACCACCAUUGGGUGCCUGCGCCAUGUCUACCAGACGAACUGCGAGCGACAAACCUCGUGGUUGGUCCCGUGAGUCAAGCAGCUCACAGGAAGAACUCAUUGUCUAUCGUGGGAAUCGCAUCCCGAAAGGAGGUCCAGAAAGACAGCCCGCCGUCCCACCAACUGGCGACCUGGCUCAGCAAGACAAGGGCUUUGCUCGAUUCCUCGAAAAGCAUUCCUCUCCAACCCACCAGCGAGUCACUGCCGGCGGACGUAUCGUGCCAAUGGAGCAACGCCCACGUCCUCCACCAUUCACCUUACCACACGCACAGCAAGAUCAGGAUUCCGGCCGCAAGGAUAACCCAAACAACACGGGCCAGGAUGAGACGAUUGCUUUUCCUGCUUUCGUGCCUGAUAUGGGUCAUCAGGGCAAGCCAAACCAGGACGGAACAGAUGGUCAGGUUGUGCAGCCACCAGUCCACAUGCUUGCAAACGGGAACGUCGUACCUGCAGCCAUCAACGUCAACCUCAUGGCUUACCCCGAUGCGUAUGCUAUGGAUGCGGCAUCCUGUCCACCACCAUUGUCCCCAGGAAUGAUGACAGCGCCUCUGUUCCCAAACAUGUACGACCCAUUCGGCAUGCAAAGUGCUCAGAUGUAUCCUCCGGCUACGCUCGCUAUCACCGCCCCAUUGGCUCACUUCAGUGGAAAUAUGGAAGCUCCAUAUCCAAUGCCCAUGCUGGCUCAACCAGAGGUGCCUGUUGUUCCCCCAAUGGACCCGAUCCCACCCCCUCAAACAGGACUGAAUGCUCCAGAUGAAUUGCACUCCAACAAGAUGCUGCAAUCUGCCCUUGCUCGCUACAACGAUCUGGAUCAGCAAAUCAAGAAUCUUGAUCGUCAUCGGGCAUUGGGCGACCAUGACCCUCUGCUCGCCACUCAGCGGAUGAAUAUUGUCGAGAUGCGUGCAGAAGCAAGAUCGCUCUACAACUAUUGGACGAGUAUUGUCUCAAAUGAUCUCAAGGCGAUUGGAAAGCAAGCUGCAGAUCGUCCUACCAGUACUCUCAAUGUGCAAGCAGCCGCAUACGUUCCUCUGAAUUCAACUGCACCAGCAGCUGCACAGUCUUCUGACAUUACCAAAGUCUUCGCUCACGGGGACAGCAAUGGGUUGCAAAUGACAAGGAAAAACACACCCAAACCUGGUCCUCGCCGCAUUCCAAUAGUAGCGCCUCCAGAGAAGACAUCGUCGGCUGGGAAGCGUUUCAAAGACAACACAGCAUCGUAUAUUGGCUCAGUUGAGGUCGAUGAAUGGGGUGCGCGCAUUGGAGAGCCGCCUGAAGACAUUGAACUUCAACAAAGUGAGAUGUUGCUGAAGUUGAGCCGGGAGCUCAGCAUCUCGCCACAAGAGUCGACCCACAGCUCUACUGCGCCGAAAUCUGCCGCUGUCAGUAUUGAAGUGACUUCGAAGUCGGCCACACUUGAGGACCAUCCUGGUGAUCAUGACCAAAACCGAACCGGCCAACCAGACCAGGAAAUCAGAGAGUGGCUGCCCACACAGCCAGGCCGAGCGCCCCCCAAGGUUGAAGCAUGCUAUGAAGUCCAGUUAGAUGCAAUGCGACUUCCCAAGAGAUUCAUUACCACGGUCAGAUUGCCGGGAGGAACAAUCACUGAGGUUCGUGGCCAGGGAUUGCGUCGUCCUCCAUCGAUUGAGAUGGACGAGUUUGAACGACACUACUGGACGUCCAAGCCGGAACUGACGGACGAUAUUACCGCGAACUUUCUCGACGUGCGUCUUGCUGAUGAAGAUAUGCCUGCUAACCGAGUCAACGAUUACAUGGACUCCAACCGAAACAAGGGCGAAAGUCAGCAGGAAUACAAUCCUAAGGAAAAUGCUCUUGUGGUUGCAAAGACCAGUAUGGAAUCUCUGGGCGGAAAGCAAACCAAUUUCGUGGCAGGAGAUCAACCUACGCGGUCAGUCUUCUUGUCAUCUCCUCUGGUGCUGCCUCGAUUCGGCCGACAAGCCUACACUUCGAUUAUCACGACCUCGACUGAUUCUGGCGGUCUGUCCACCUUCGGACAACCCCUGGCCGUGCCACCAAAUGUGAUGUCACGAGUGGACAAUAGGCCUGGUUGGUCAAUGAGUGAGCACUCACGAAAUGGCGUGGAGGUCCCAUACGAUGCCGCCAACAUCAAAGGCCACUCUUCGGUGUCUGUUCAGAAUGUUCAUGCCAUGGGUCGUUUGCCACACAUGCUCGACGGUGCAACCGACCAUCAGCGUCGCACAGCUGCAUGGGCACUGUCUGCAGCCGGCGGAGUUCGAAGCCCUCAGCUCGCCCAGGCCUCGAUUGCCACUGCAAGUAUCCAACAUGGUGGUCCACGAGAUGGUGAGAUUGGAGGAGUGACUCUGGGAAAUGAUGGUGUGUACCGCCCUCCAAUUGUCAAGUAA